GUUUUCCCGGACAAAAAAGAAAACACGCACUCACACACCGAUUCAUUCCCAUUACAUAUUUUUCUGCAAGCCCUAGAAUCAAUCCCAACAAUGGAGACCAAUCAACUAGAAGGAGAGGGAAGAAUUUACCAAGUGCUAGUAAAACUCCUCGAUGGAACCCAUAGAUUCCUCAAUUUCACAAACCCGAUCAUCCCCACCCAAUCCCUAAAACGCCAAAUCGAAACCCUAACUUCCGUCCCCUCCCACCUCCAGCUCCUCCUCCUCCACCAUCAUAACCCCCCUACCCUCCUCCACGACGAAGAGAAUCUUCCAUGCGGGUCUUCGUCGGGACAUUUUCCGGCGGUGGUCCACCUGUUGCUGAGACUACGAGGAGGGAAAGGUGGGUUCGGAUCUCUUUUAAGAGGAUCCGCGACAAAGGCGGGGCAGAAAAAGACGAAUAAUUUCGAUGCUUGCAGGGAUAUGAGUGGGCGGAGGAUAAGGCAUGUGAACGCAGAGAAGAAAUUCGAGGAGUGGAAGGCGGAGGCGGAUGAGAGGAAGCUGGAAAAAGUCGCGGAGGAGUAUAUUAAAAAGAAGAGUAAGGAGAUGGCUAAGAAGGGUAAAGGAAAUGGGAAUGGAGCUGGUGCUGCCGUGGAUGAGUAUGUGAGGAAGUAUAGGGAGGAUUCUGAAAGAUGUAGGGAAGAGGUGGAGAGGUCUGUUAGGGAGAGUAUCAAGCAAGCGCUGCUGGGUCCCAAGAGGAAGAAAGGCAGUUCUGCUGAACCCGAUGGACCUGAUUCUAAGAGGGCUAAGAUAUGGCUUGGAAAGCAGAAAUUGGUGGAUGAUGACAGCGACAGUUCAGAUGAGUAUGAUAGCGAGGAUGAGGAAUAUGAGGACCAUAACAGGUCUGUUGUGUUAGAUAAUGGUGAUCAUUCAGAUGCAAGUGAAGAAGCCAAAGGUAUUUCUGAGUCAGUUACAGAGGACCGCCAUGAUAUGAUUUCUUCUGGUAGUGGUGCAUCAGGGAGUACAUCCGAUGAAGAGAAGGCUGUUUAUGAACAGAGUCAAGAACCUGAUAGAAGUAGGGGUGUGCAGGAGGAAGCUGCAACCGCCAUUGAACCGGAAUUAGGAGUUGUCCUGGAAGAAAAUGAAGCGUCCAAUGGAUCCAAUCACCACCAAGCCAGUGGCACAGAAGAUGUUAAGGUGGUUGGGAACAGUGAUUCCAAUGAAGUGAUGAUUGAAGCUGCAGAAUCUCUGAAUACGGAGAAGCCCCUUAAUUUCGAUGAAAUCAAUUCAGCUGCUGAAUUAGAGGUUUUUGGCAUGGAUAGGUUGAAAUCAGAGCUUCAGGCAAGAGGGUUGAAAUGUGGAGGGACUUUGCAAGAACGUGCAGCCCGCCUUUUCCUUCUCAAAACAACACCUAUAGAGAUGAUUCCUAAGAAGUUAUUUGUCAAGAAGUGAAUUGUUGUAUACUACAUAAAUGAAGGUCUGUUUUUCUCUCCUGCUUUAAUUAUGAAGAAUGCUAAUGAUAGCUGUAGCUUUCCCUUUGUGUAAUGAACAUGUAAAAUCUUUGACGCAUCAAUGUUUCGUGGUGAUGGAAAAAUGACUACUUCUGGGGGGAAGCGUUGGCUAGACACUUACUUUGGAGUUCUUAAAGCUUGAUGUAUUCGCUUGUUCAUAACACACCAAUGGCCAGUGUUUUUAUAGAACCUUUAGACUUUUUGCAUUUUCUCACAGUUUGAAUUUAGCUUCAAUAUUGAAUAGAGUACUCAAAGUUGUGUUAAUUAUGUUUUCUGCAAGUCAACUUCUUGUGAGAAUCAGGGUAUUUAGUAUUAUAUCUUGAAUGAUAGUUGAAAAAACUUAUUUAAGAAUUUUGGUAAAGCAACAAUACGAGGACACAUUCUGGUUCUUUAGGAACAUUUUUAGUUAACUAA